AUGGCCGCACGGAGCAGAGGCGGCGCUAAUGGGGAGGACGGCGAGCCGGUUGCACGUUGGCGAGCGGAGGAGGCUGUCGCCGGGAACCGAAUGGCCCUUCAAGCCCUCCGGGAGCUCGUGAUUUACCCAUUCCUCUACGCCCGCCAGUCCCGCCUGCUCGGGCUUAAGUGGCCCAGAGGAUUGCUGCUCUACGGCCCCCCUGGCACCGGAAAGACAAGCCUGGUUCAAGCCAUCGUUCGAGAAUGCAGUGCCUACCUGACAAUGAUCAAGUACUACCUCAGCUUGAUGGCAUCCAUACCUACAAUUUUAGUCUUAAUCUGCCAAAUUACGUAUUCUGUGCAUAAAGCUCAUGCUGGAGAGGGUGAGAAAUUCUUGCGUGAAGCUUUCUCUGAAGCAUACUCUCAGGCGUCACAAGGCAGACCGGCCAUUAUUUUCAUCGAUGAACUGGAUGCUAUAUGUCCACGGCGUAACAGUAGGAGAGAGCAAGAAUCCCGCAUUGUUGGUCAGCUACUAACUCUGAUGGAUGGAAAUAAGAAAUCGUCGAAGAAACUUCCUCACGUAGUUGUUGUUGCAUCAACUAACAGGGUGGAUGCCAUCGAUCCAGCCUUGAGAAGGCCAGGACGUUUUGACUCAGAGAUAGAGGUCACUGUUCCUACGGUAGAAGAAAGGCUGCAGAUUCUUAAGCUUUAUUCCAAAAAUCUGCAUCUUGAUAAAAAUGUUGAUCUUCAAAUUAUCGCUGGAUGGUGCAAUGGUUAUGUUGGUGCUGAUCUAGAAGCUCUGUGUCGAGAAGCUGCCAGACUUGCUUAUCGUAGAUUGUCAAACUCAUCCGAGGAUGGGAAGGUGCUCACACUACUCAUGGAAGAUUGGGAGUCUGCGAGAUCUCAGAUCAAAGCAAGCAUGAUAAGAGGGGUAACUAAAGAAGCUCCAACUGUUUCAUGGGAUGAUAUAGGAGGUUUGAAAGAUCUAAAGAAAAAGCUUCAGCAAGCUGUUGAGUGGCCCAUCAAGCAUGCCACUGCCUUUGCAAGACUGGGGAUAUCACCAGUUCGUGGUGUGCUUUUGCAUGGUCCUCCAGGGUGCUCCAAGACUACCCUUGCCAAGGCUGCAGCACAUGCCGCCCAAGCUUCUUUCUUUUCUUUGAGUGGUGCAGAACUAUACUCGAAAUAUGUUGGAGAAGGUGAAGCUUUGUUGCGAAGAACAUUUCAGAGGGCACGGCUGUCUUCUCCAAGCAUCAUAUUCUUUGAUGAGGCUGAUGCAAUCGCCCCUAAAAGAACUGGUCCUAGUGGGGACAGUGGCAAUGCCACAGUAGGAGAAAGACUUCUAUCAACUUUGUUGACUGAAAUGGAUGGUUUAGAACUGGCUACGGGGAUUAUUGUUUUGGCUGCUACUAAUCGUCCCAAGGCAAUCGAUGCAGCUCUUCUCCGUCCAGGGCGUUUUGAUAUGGUGUUGUAUGUUCCACCGCCAGAUGCGCAAGGCAGGCAUGAGAUACUACGCAUCCAUACACGGAAGAUGAAGUUGGGGGAGGAUGUGGACCUUGGGGAGAUAGCGGAGCGCACCGAGCUGUUCACCGGUGCUGAUCUCGAAGGCCUGUGCAGGGAAGCAGGAAUGGCGGCACUGAGGGAAGACCUGUCAGCCAGUUCAAUACACAAGGCCCAUUUCGAGGCCGCGAUAAGGUCGCUAAGGCCAUCACUGACAAAAACAGAAGUUGACGAGUAA